AUGCCAACUAAUUUUGGUUUCACGGUUGAUCUGGAUAAACGAACUUGCACUUGCCUCGAAUUCCAAAAGCUUGGUUUGCCUUGCCGACAUGCCAUUGCUGCUGCUUCUUGCCGUAAUAUGCAGUACACCAUGUUUGUUUGCAAACACCAUCUCAAAGAGACAUGGGCUGAAACAGUUAGGGGUAUCAUACUUCCGGUUCCGGAUCCAAAGGAUGUUGAAGUGCUAGCCGAAAUACUAAUGGUUGAUCUUUAUUCACCAACGACCAAACGAACGAAAGGAAGACCAGGAAUCAAACGUAAACUGUCCGCAGGAGAGAUACCGGUAAGACUUUGGUGUUGA